CGAACUUAAACACCCCUCUUCCAAUUUCACAGUAAUAUCAUGAAGGUCCUCGCUAUCUUGUACAACGGUUACAAGGCUGCUGAAGAGGAGCCGCGCCUCCUUGGUACUGUCGAGAACCAGCUUGGGAUCCGUGAAUACCUCGAAAGUUUGGGUCACGAAUACAUUGUCAGCAGCUCGAAAGAAGGCCCUGACAGCGACUUCCAGAGACACAUUGUUGAUGCCGACGUGUUGAUUACGACUCCCUUCCACCCCGGAUAUUUGACUCGGGAGCUCAUGGAAAAGGCCAAGAACUUGAAGAUCUGUGUCACAGCCGGUGUAGGCUCCGACCACAUAGACCUGAAUGCCGCUGUCGAGCGCAAGAUCCAAGUCCUGGAGGUUUCUGGCUCCAAUGUAGUGUCCGUUGCCGAGCAGGUCCUGAUGUCCAUUCUUCUCCUUGUCCGCAACUUUGUCCCUGCACAUGAAAUGAUCGAGCGCGGCGACUGGCAAGUGUCGGACAUCGCUCGUAACGCGUAUGACCUCGAGGGCAAAGUUGUGGGUACCCUUGGUGCUGGCCGUAUCGGCUACCGCGUCCUCCAACGUCUGGUCCCUUUCAACUGCAAGGAACUGAUCUACUUCGACUACAAUCCUCUUCCUGCUGAAGCGGAAAAGGCAGUAAACGCUCGCAGGGUCCAGGACAUGAAGGAAUUUGUGUCACAAUGCGACAUUGUCACCAUCAACGCCCCCCUCCAUGAGGGGACGCUUGGACUUAUCAACAAGGAGCUUCUUCAACACUUCAAGAAGGGCGCAUGGCUCGUUAACACCGCCCGUGGAGCCAUCUGCAACGCUGACGACGUAGCCGAGGCGAUCAGGAGCGGCCAGCUCAACGGCUAUGCCGGAGAUGUGUGGAAUGUACAGCCUGCGCCCAAGGACCACCCAUGGCGUACCGUAAAGAACCCCUUUGGCGGGGGCAACGGCAUGACGCCCCAUUAUUCUGGCACCACUCUCGACGCGCAGGCCAGGUAUGCCCAGGGCACGAAGACGAUUUUGCAGAACUUCUUCGAGGGAAAGCCGCAGGACCCUGGCAAUGUGAUCGUUGGGAUCGGCAAAUACGAGACCAAAGCUUAUGGCCAACGCUGAUUGUAUCGGUAGUCAUUGUGAUCAUUCCCCUCUCCUCAUCUUGUACUUAAUACUUAACAACCGUAGAGUGUACCGAUUUUGUCGCAUCGUUGUGGAAAUCAAUUCGUCUAUCGCCUUUGC